GUUAGGCGGAGCUUCUAUCGUCCGUUUGACCUGACCUGACCUGACCUUGGGCUCUGUUAGGGAGGCACCUCGAUUUCUCCCAAUGACGUUGUCUCAAGCUGUUCGCAAAGCUGAGGAUAAUAGUGAAGAAUACCAACAGGAACGACUAAAGGAACUGAGAUGUGAGUCUCUACUGUGUCGUCCUAAGUACCGAAACACGCUACCGGAGCUACCCUUUGAUCCGAAAUUUCUCUCCUACCCAUUAGAACCAUCAAGGUUCGUACAAUAUGUGGCCACAUCUUUGGAAAGAAAUUAUAAGCAUGAGUUGCUGACAGAAGUCGAUGUCGGUGUCGAGGUUGACUUGGUCGAUCCAGAUAUCUUCAAAAUCGACAAAUCUGGUUUGCAUUGUACCUCAAAUUAUUCGGCUUUAUUAGUUAGACUACAUCCUGAUGACGAAAGGUUGUUGGAGGAUGAUACUCCUGCGGCGAUUAAUGCUCGUAAAUCGCGGCACCAUAAGUCUGUUUCCUGGCUCCGAAGAACGGAAUAUAUUUCCACCGAACUUUACAAUCGUUGGAACAAAUCUGAUAAAGUCGAAUCCAAACUUGGAUUUAGCGUCAAACGACAUCUGAAUGAAGAAAUCGUAUACCGGGAUCGCGAAAGUCAAAUCUCGGCCAUUGAAGCCACUUUUCAAGCGGCCAAGAAACCAAUCACAAAGCAUUAUAGCAAGCCGAAUGUGCAUGCAGUAGAAGUGUUACCUAUCCUGCCGGAUUUCACUCUUUGGCGCUUUCCUUGUGCCCAGGUUAUAUUUGAUGACGAUCCCUCAAGAAAAAACAAACCCACAUCAAAACAGAAUGAAGAAGUUAACCAAGCAAUGAUACGUGGUAUGGUGGAUGAAUCUGGGGACCAUUUUGUGGCCUACUUCCUACCAACAGAAUCGACCAAGGAAUUGCGACGAUUGGAUGCAGAAAACCGAAUACCAUACACUGAAGGUGCAGCUUACGAAUAUGAAUUGGCUCGUGAAUACAACUGGAACGUGAAAAACAAAACCAUGGCUAAUUACGAGGAGAAUUACUUUUUUGUUUUCCGCAAGGAUGGUGUGUUUUACAACGAGCUCGAGACCCGUGUCAGACUGAGUAAGCGUCGAAAACUGGCUCAUUCCGGUACAUUCAGUACCGCGGGUGGGGCUCCUUCUGCUCCAAUGACUCGUCUAAUCGUUCAUCACAGAGAUUUCACAGAUGAGGAGUUGAAAGCCCAAACGGACCGCUUAUAUAUGUUAGAGCACGAUGUUGAAGAGGAGGAGGAGGAGGACGAAGAUGAGCAAAGUGGCGAAGAAAACGCUGAGGCUCAUGAAAAACGCGAACCCCUUCACUCCGAUGUUGAAGCCAAAUCUUCCCGCGGGACAGUCACAGAGAGCGAAGCUGAACUUAGCGCAGACGAUGAAGAGGAGGGGGAGGAUGAUGAUGAUGAUGAGGACGUGGUAAAACAGGAGCCCAAGCUCACCACGCACACCAUCAAUCAUCGGACGUCGGCCGCAAAAUCCUCUCAUGUAUUCGAUUCUAACGACGAUGAUACUGAUUCCAGCGAGUUAAGCGAUUGACACUUUGACUAGUUUUUCUCUGUCUGGAAUGUUACCACAGAAAAUCCAUGUCCCUUGUAACUUUGUCACAAAUAAAAUGAAUUUUUCCC